AUGGAUGAAUUUGGUGGACCCCGGUUUGAUGGUAUUGUAAAUACUAUAAGAAAGAAGAGGAGCCAAACUUCUCGCAGACCUAAACCUGAGUCACUGCCCUUCCCAGAAAGUGGUGAUCUGUCACCGUCAUCAUCGACACCGCCUUCGGAUGAUGUGAGCAAGGUGUCUAGUGAUGAGAAUACUGGAUGUGAUACAAAUUCUAAGAGGAAAGUGUUCAACCUUAAUCAGUGUGCUUCAAGGAGUUUUCCAAUUCCUAGAGCUGAAGGUGAAUAUCCCAGCAAAAAGAUUAAGAAUGAGGAUCGAGGAUCUGACAUGUUACAUACUAGUGUGGGUUUGGGAGAUGGAGUAGGAAAUGAGAACAGGUUAAAAAAGUUUAAACUUAAGGUUGGUGGUGUAACACAUACAAUUCAAACCAAAUCCAGUACUCCUAGUGUGUCAGGCAGUGGGUCUUCUACAAAGAGUGCUCGAUCUUCAGAUGCUCCUUGGCCAUGGCCAAAGCUGAUUCUCCAGGACAAUUUUGAUGAAGAUUCUCCAAUCCUAGAUAAGAAGAGUGGUUUGCAAGGAAUCCCAUGGAUGGAUUUCUCAAGAGCACGUUUUAGUCUUGGGAAGGAGGACUCAUUGAUGGGGAAGAUGUCUGGAAAGAAUGCCUCUGAAAGGCAAGGUGAGAAGUCAGAUCCUGUUCGUAAGAGCAAGAGGGUGCCCAAGAAGCGUCGCCUGGAUGGGGCUUUUGAGGAAGAUGAUGAGAUCCGAUACCUGGAGAAGCUUAGAACUUCAAAGGUUGCUUUAGUGUAUAAAGAUUUUGAGGAAGAAUCAAGCAAGAAACAAGUAAGUCUUUCUAGGGUUUCUAAGGGAGCUAAGUAUGAAAAUUUGGAAGAUUUUGGUUCUGUAAGGUCAGUUAAAGAUGGUAGGAAGUCCACAUCUGAAAGAGUUAUGGAGGACACGGAUUAUGAAGAGGACGAAGAAUUGUUGUCUGAUCGUGAGCCUGAAGGAAAGAAAAAGAAGAAGAAAGAAAUGGAUGAUCCCUCCGAUUCACCAACAGAAAAUAAGAAGGAAAUGGUUCUGACAACACGCCAACGAGCACUUAUGUCUAGCAAGGGUGCCUCUUCCAUAUCUGGUGUGAGCCGUAUUGAGUUCCCAAAUGGUUUACCCCCGGCUCCACCUCGAAAGCAAAAGGAGAAACUUUCGGAAGUGGAGCAUCAGCUGAAGAAAGUUGAAGCUGCUCAGAGACGUAGAAUGCAAAAUGAGAAGGCGGCUCGGGAAUCAGAGGCUGAGGCAAUUAGGAAAAUUCUAGGUCAAGAUUCCAGUAGGAAGAAGCGAGAAGAUAAAAUAAAGAAGCGCCAGGAAGAAUUGGCACAGGAGAAGGCUGCCAAUGCACAGAUGCUUGCAUCAAACACCAUUAGAUGGGUUAUGGGCCCUACUGGCACUGUGGUUACAUUCCCAAAAGAGAUGGGUUUGCCUCAAAUUUUUAACCCUAAACCUUGCAGUUAUCCUCCUCCGCGCGAAAAAUGUGUCGGACCAUCUUGUACCAACCCAUACAAGUACCGGGAUUCCAAGUCAAAGCUUCCUCUUUGCAGUCUCCAGUGCUACAAGGCAAUUCACGAAAAGAUGCAAGCCAAAACUGCCUCGCUUGAGCUAAAAACAGUUUAUCAUCGACAAUGCUUACUGUUGAUAAAACCACCGCACCUGGCUUGUUGGGAGUUGGCCAUCAAAUCAGCUAGUUCAGCACUCUCCUUCGGAUAUCGGGCUUCUAAGAUGAGAAUCAAACAAGUGCUUGUGCAAAAUAUACGUUUCGCUUGA